CUAUUUUACUUCUCCCUCACAUAUCCAUCCCCAACUGCGCUCGCCCUUUUCUGUGCGUCUGCCUGCGUUCUACAUAAUUGAGUUCCACGUUUUCGUCCAAUUCCCAACCGCGAGCAGUAAAUUGGAAGCUCAGGAAUGGAUCUGUUGGUCGUCACACUGUUUCUAGGUCUUGUGUUGGCUGCGCUGUUUAUAAUCCCUCACUUGCGCAAAUCCGGUGAGUUGAAGAAGGAGCAAUCCAAAGGAAGCUCCGAGGGACCUAAAGCAUACACUGCAGCUCAAAUCGCGAUGCACAACAAGAGAAACGACUGUUGGAUCAUCAUAAAAGAUAAGGUUUAUGACGUAACAUCUUACGUAGACGAACACCCGGGUGGGGAUGCAAUCCUAAUGAAUGCCGGCGAUGAUUCUACGGAAGGUUUUUAUGGGCCGCAGCAUGCUAGCCGUGUCUUCGACAUGAUCGAGGACUUUUACAUCGGAGAUCUGGUGAAGUAAACUAUUGCAUCAUAGUAUUCGAUGACGACUGCAUUCAUCAAUCGCUUAUUUAUUUUAAGACAGGUACCCUCCUAUUGCACAACGAAAAAUCUUUUAAGCCCGUAUUUACUUUCAUGUAACGUGUUUGGUUCUAAAACUAGAUACUCGUGGAAAUUUUGUUUCUUGCGCAGAGAAUUUCGUUAUUCUUUUUUCCACCUCUAAUUAUCCGGGUGUAUUUA